GGUGGUGGGGUGUUGUGGGGGGAGGAAAGAGAAUGGCCUGCCUUCUAGAGGGUGUUUCCCAUACUUGUUUAGGGAAAGUUCAAGGGAGAAGGCUACUUAACGCUGUUCACUAGGAGACGACGAGAGAACCCACGGCGUGAUAAUAAAACACGCAGAGACUUUGAGAGAGACUGCAGAAGGAGUACUGCUCCAUGUCGGAACUAUCAGAUAUAGGCCUACAUGGAUACGAUUGAAGAUGGAGGUAGGGUCCACAGAGGAAGAGACAACGGAGGAGAAGGACGGCGACGGGCGACAUCUCCCCAAAGAAGAACAGGAAGAGGGAUCGGGAGAUCUUUAUCUGACUUCCCUGGGCGACCAGCACCUUCCCAUCAUGCACUGGGAGGACCUCAGCCUGCGCAUCGCGGAGCUGGAGAAACAGGAGCAACAGAAGAGGGAGAGAGCAGAGAGCAGUAGCUCCUUCCCGGGGGAGAGAGAGGAGGAGCGGCGUGGGGAGCUGUGGCGGGCCCCCUGGGGCGACCGGGAGGACGACCAGGGCCGGCGGUGUCGCGUCUCCGUCGUCACUUCACGAUUUCACAACCACAAGAACCUGCAGCUGUGUUUCAUCAACAACAGUGACAGUGAUGAAGAGGAGGGCUUCAGCGCCAGGGUUUCCCCGGGGGCAGGCGGCAUUGGUUCCCAUCCCUCGGGUCUGAAAGACGAGGUGACCGCAGCACUGAGGGCGCUGAGAGAUAACCUGGUGGCCGAGGAGAGGGGGAAGGAGCAGCUGGCCAGCGGUAGUAUUGUGGCCCAGCGGAAGCAUCUGGAACUUCCUGAACUGCACAACUGCUCCAUGCAACAGCUGAGAGCCCUGGAGGCAUCCCUCCAGCAAGACAUACAUGAGCUGAGCUCUGAGCUGGUGUCUCAGCUGCUGGUGAGAGACCAGCUGAGGACCAAGCAGGAUGCCAUGCUCCUCGACGUGCAGGACCUGACAUAGAGCCGGGGGGCGGGACACACCCACCACCUGACCGCGCCCCCCCCCCCACGCCUCUACCCCCCGCCUGCAUGGCGGCGCUGAGGGGCUCGCGGAGCAGAAACCCCAGAGGACGGAGACUCCUAUUGGUCCAUCAGCAUACUUGUCUCCCAUUGGUCCAGGGAGGUUUUGUUUUUAUCGGCAAAUCAAGGCUCUAAAAACUCUCUGGCUCUUAAUUCACCGGCCUCCGGGUGACACGACAAGGAUCCACGCUUCAGAAACGGAAAACGUAUGUUGUGAUACUCAGGUAAACAGGAAGUGACGUAGCCA